AUGACAAUACAACAAGCACUAAUACAAAUGCUCCAACCUGGAGAAUAUUACGAGAGAAGCUUAUAUAAUGAGCAUAUAGAGCGUCGUCAAGAUCCAUUUCAUUUCAUGAUUUCAAGGCCACAGCCUGUAAAUACAGCUCUACCGUUACCUCCACCUCCACCUCCAAUGUCAACUUUACCCAUCUCACCCGAGUCAUCGUCUCUAGAUGACAGUAAAAAGAAUCGACGAGUAAUCGCAUCUAAGCGAGCAGCACAGAACAGAGCAGCCCAAAAGGCCUUUCGGCAACGACGAGAUCAGUAUAUUAAGGAAUUGGAAGAGCAAGCAAAAGAAGCCAAGGAAUCGAAACAAGAACUGAAUGAAUUGAGACAAGAAAAUACAAAACUGAAAGAACGAGUGACCGCGCUCGAGCAUCAUAUUGUCCUCUUGACAGGUAAACCUGUAGAUGAAAAGGCGUUGCAAAGCACCCAUAUUCCUGCGGCAUCAACGGCCUCACCACUACCAUCAUCACAGACACCCAUAACCGAACAACAACAACAACAACAACAACAACAAAACGUUGAAUCAGAUGUGACACCACCACCAUCAACGACAACAGCAACAGUAGUAACAGCACUAGGAAUAAGUGAAGGAACAAGUGAAGAAGAAGGGAAAGGGAUUGAGCUCUCGACUGAACAUGAUACCACAAAAAAAGCCGACCCUGCUGGUCUGGUACCAGCGACUAUGGCGCACUUUUGGCAGGAUCAACAGGUUGAUUUUGACUUUGCGUUUGAUCCCUUUAUGGAAAAUGAAUUUGGAAUGAUCAAUGAGUUUCUUCCUAAUGCCAAUAAUGAACAAGUCCUGGAUGACCUAUUUGCCAUGCUUCAAACAAGACAAAGGCCUCAAAUACCAUCUAGUUUAGAAGAAAUGGAAAAAUGUUCAUAG